AUGGGAGCGCAAUUGAGACUUGUAGCGUGUGUCUCGGGCAUAUACGCAGCGUUUCUGACGUGGUCUUUGGUUUAUGAGCCCUUGACGACACGAGUUUGGCCAAAUUCGCAAGCUAAAUUUCAGGCACCAUGCAUCGUGGCAUUGGUGCAGGCUGCGGUCGCCGGGAUGACCGGAAUAUUGUACUUACACCGAGAACAUACGGGGUACAGAGCACGGGAUUUUUUGCGCGAGUUUUACCGCGAUUUGCUGGCGAUUUCGCUGACACAGAGCGUUUCGAGUCCACUGGCCACGUACUCGCUGCAGUACGUGGAUUUUUUAACUUACAUGCUGGCCAAAAGCUGCAAACUACUCCCCAUCCUGGCUGUGCAUUUGAUUUUGUACCAUACUCGGGUCCCGAACGACAAGAAAAUGGUUGCACUUGCGGUCACUUUCGGAGUCGUUCUGUUCAACUUGGGAUCUCAAAAACCGGCUGGCAAAAAUAACGGGAAGAACAUGAGUCUUGUGCACGGCUUUUUGCCCCUUACGGUUAGUCUGCUACUAGAUGGGUUCACUAAUGCCACGCAGGAUACCCUGUUAAGGCGCAAUCGGGCCCAAAAGACCCAAAAGUGCAUCACAGGUGGCCAUUUGAUGCUGGGACUCAAUCUAUGCAUAGUUCUCUGGAAUUUGCUGUAUUUGACGGUAGUGGACCCACAGCAAGCCAUCAGAACCAAAGAUAUGAUUUUUCAGGAUCCAUCAAUUGGGAUUUAUUUGCUGACGUAUGCGGCAUGCGGGGCCUUGGGCCAAAUAUGCAUUUUUUACACGCUGCAAAACUACGGCUCACUGGUCUUGGUGAUGGUUACCGUCACUAGGAAGAUGAUAUCUAUGAUUCUUAGCAUCAUGGUGUAUGGCCACCGCGUCACGAAAUUACAAUGGUUGGGGAUCAGCAUUGUUUUUGCAGGAAUUACGAGCGAAGCGUUGAUCAAGCGACAAGCCUCGGUAGCGGCGAACGCGCGGAAAGUCGAAUGA